AUGCCGCCUCAUCCCCUCGAGCUUCCCCCAACCCUCUCUCCAGAUGCCCUCGACACCCUGACCGAGCUCACGGGCAUCCUCACCCGCCUCCGAACCGCGAUCCAGACAUCAGGCUCCGUUGGCGGCAUCACCACUGGCGCCACCCCAGCCGGCACCGGCCCCGGCGCGACGCCGAACCCCCUCGGACUUGGCGGCGGCGCCGCCAGCCCCAACGCGCCGCUGUCUCUCAAGGACGUACCCGCCCAGACCGACACGCUGAAGCACAAGCUGCAGCGGGCCCGCACGCAGAUGCGCACACUCCCGGAUAUGGACCGCACUGUCGACGAGCAGGAAGAGGAAAUCAAGGAGCUCGAGGAGCGCAUUAGGAUGCAGCGUGAGGUGCUGGACCGGCUGCGGGACGCGGGCGUCAAGUUUGGUCACGAGGAGGGGGGACGGGGGGAUAAGAUGGAGACGGAGUGA